UGCUGACCUCUGCCUGUCGCAGGGGGAAAAUGAGGCUCCGCAUGGAAAAUCAACUGGGAAGUCUGGAAGAACUGCGCGGCUUGGAGCUAAAACAGCUCAAGUGAAGCUUAUGAGAGAGACAACCACCCAGGCCUUCUCUAGAAACCUCCGUAACUUAACUUUAACGCCGUUAUUAAACGUUGAUUAAACAUAUUUAGCAGGAUAAUGUCUCCUAUUUCGCUCCAGCUGUUGGUUAGCCGUUAGCUUCCCUCCGCGUUGUGUCCAUUGUUGCUCCGGUUAGCGGAUGUUUUUCAGCAUCUGUCAGCGGUUCAUUCACCAGGACAGCCGGAUGUCUGUUGGGAGGCUGAGGGAACAAUGCUGAGAUUCCUCCGUGUCAUUUUAACAGGCCUUUUGGCUGCUCUGUGCAAUGGAGUAGGAGCUUUCGGGGUUGGUGCAUAUGGUGGGGUGAGAGUAGUGAACGGGGAUGAUCACUGUUCUGGUAGAGUCGAAGUAAACCUUCAUGACAGCUGGGGGACUAUUUGCGACCGUGACUGGAAUUUGCAGGCAGCUAGUGUGGUUUGCUCGGAGCUGGGUUGUGGUUUCGUCGAAUCUGCUGUUCGCGGUAGCGGGUUUGGCCCAGGCAGUGGAAACAUUGCCCUGGUCUCUGUUCAUUGCAAAGGACAUGAAUCCAGUUUGAUCCAUUGUGAUGCCUUUAUUAACACAAACGCCUUCAUUUGCACCCAUCAGAAUGAUGCUGGUGUGAAAUGCUCAGGUAGUCUAAUGGAGCCCAGGCUCACAGUGCUGUCGCCUCAUCAUGUGUUCUCUGUGGGGGAGUCCGUUUACUUUUACUGCACCAUCCAACCUCGUAACCGCGUCAGCAACGUCCAUCUUUACAAGCAUGGAGUCGAUACGCCACUGGUCACACAGAGCGCUGACCCGACGCAGAUCGGAGUGAGCCUCGUUCUAUCUGAUGUGGAAACCUAUCAGCAAGGCAGCUACAGCUGCCAGUACAACAUAAAGGGGGGUUUCCCUCCCCACCUGAUCACAUCUCCACCCAGCCAUCCUGUCAAUAUCACUGUGGUUGACCUCCUGACUCCCCAGCACUGGUACAACACUUCCUCUGAGGCCCCGCCAGGCUCUGUCAUCAAAGGCGAGAGUUUUAAUAUUACUUGUUCCACCCCCCGACAGUACCCUGGCGCUUCCUUCCAGCUCCGAUUGGUCCGCUCCAACGGCACGGUCCGGCAGUCACUCCCAGCUGCCUCCCAGUCUGUUACUUUCACCUUCCCCAACGCCCAGAGCUCCAACGAGGGGUACUAUUACUGCCUGUAUCGGGUCCAGCUGGGCGGACGUACGUUUGUCUCCAGAGAAAGCCAGCCUCUACCUAUAGCAGUUAAAGAUCCAGACCCGCUCCUAAGCCCCAUGGUGAUCAGCUGGCUUGUGUCUGGGGUGACUUUUGUCGUAGCUGUCAUCAUUAUUUUAGCCGUGGCGAAGGUUUCGUGUAACAAGGAGAAGAAGCCCUCUGAGUUAGAGCGGGACACCAGAACCUGUGUGGACAACACUUACGUUGCCUUAUCAGUAGAUAAGCUAUGACGGAGUCUGCAGCAGAUUUAAAGGUGUGGACAUCAUGAGGCAUCAAACCAUCUCCAGGUAUAUUUGAACUGCAGCAGAUAUGCAUCAGAAGCCAGAAACCUGCUAAUCACCAGCUACUGAUGGUUGCUGGAGCCAUUUUACGACAGUCUGGAUGAGACAGACUCUUAUUCAACACUACAGCGACACUUUAUGAGACUGCAUUGGCUUUGCAUCCUUAUGGGAAAACAUCAUAGGUGAUAUUCCACACCAUGCGAUCAUAAUGGGUUUUUUUUAUAGUAAACAUACUGUACUUUUAACAUGUCUAAGUUUAUUUUUUCUGGUUUCUCUCUGUAUGCAUUACUUAUGUUGUUACUAACACCAGGACCCCGUUUCAGAAAGUGGGAUAAGUGAGAACUCAGAAUAGGUUAUGGGGUAAAUCACUGGAUUUUUAUUUGUUUGUUUCAAAAAGCCACAUAGCCGGUUAUCCAGUUACUUCGUGAACCAACUCUAGUUGGGAUUUAGAUUUCUUGAAAUCAUCUUGAGUCUGUCACACAUUUGAGCUGAGAUUAAAAACAUUUGUCUGAUGUUGGAGAGCAAAGACUCUUUAUCCUCCACAUAUUUAGAAUUUUACAUACGGAUUCAUAGAUUUUUCUUUAGCAUCACGGUUUUCACCAGAGUCAGUAAUUAGUCUUGAUAAAAUUAAAAACAAGUACUCUGUGCUGCACUUAGUGUCAGCUCAAUCUGCCAUCGGAUCGAAAACAAUUAAUAAAUAGUGUCAUGUAGUACUCAUUUAGUCUUUUUCACCUAAAUAGUUUUAGUUUUGAUCAGUCCUUAUUUAUAAAUGAGUUUUGCUGACAGAAAAGCUUGAAAAAUUUAGCGUUGUAUAAUAAGUUUAUUACACCUCAACAACAAAGUUUUCUGUUUCCUUGUUUUAAAUCCACAAGAUAGAAAAGAUAAAAAUUCUACAGCUAUCAGUGAAAAUAUUAUAGCUGUUAUCACAUUUUGAGAUUUCAAACAAUAUACAUUUUUGUAUUUCAGGGUUUCCAGGCCUAAGUGGUAGCAUAUAUGGUGUUCUCUUUCAUUAAACACAUUUACUUGUAAAUACACCUCGUCCAGCUGUUUCAUAGGAAGUGACAGAAACAAAUCUUAGUAUCAGCUGAAUGUUUGCUAUUUUUCAUAUUAACUCAUGAACCACGGUUUAACUACAUACAUAUUAAUUUUACUUUGCGUGUAAAACUGGGGGCUGCACUGUAGAGCAGUGGGUAGCACCAGGUUUGAUUCCCGACCGAGGUCUUUUUGCAUGGAGUUUGCAUGUUCUCCCUGAGGAUGUGUGGGUUCUCUCCAGGUACUCCGGCUUCCUCCCACAGUCCAAAAACAUGACGGUUAGGUU